AUGAAACUAUUCGCAGCAAUCUUCCUUUUGGUGUUUCCAGCUACAGCUGUCUCGCUGUCCAAGCGUGACUGCAAAUCCUUCGAUCUCAGCGGCACAGGACGCAAUGGAUGGUCCAGGAUGGGCCAGCCAUUUCGGGUAUCAGAAAUCGUAAAAUACACCGCUGAAAGAGCCAAAGAAAACAGCGACGGCAAAGGAAACUGCAAUAUACAGCGCUAUAGAAUGGGAAUCAUCGCCAACGCAACUAUCAACAGCACUGACGGCGCAACCUAUCAUGCACCAGCUCCAGCAAACCUCAACACUUCCAUGACAAACAAAAAGGCCAUCAUCGCAGCUCUCAAAAAGGAUGCAGGGCCACUGGAAAACGUCACUCUGGACAGACUCGUCGUGCUGCCGUUUACUGCCCCUUUCAAUACAACGCCUAACGGGACUUAUGGGUAUUGGACAUUUACGCCUGCAAUGCAGUGCUGGCGAGGAUAUCCGAAAGACUGUGAUGGCGACUUGGAGGAUGAUUUGGACGGUUAUGCGGCUGUGGUGUGCGGCUUUAGGCUUAAGAGCAAUGGGACGGAUGAGAAUGGAACUUUGUAUGAAGGCAACAUUAGUUUCGUGGAGAGGGACGAAAAGGAUGCCAUUAUAAGGUUUGAGACUAGGCCGUGGCCAGAAUUCAACACGGCUCGUGAAAUGGCAAGGGAAUGGGAUGAAGCUGAUGUAGACUCAGGGGCCAUGAGAUAUUAUGUAACAUCAAAGGCAGCCAUCUGGCCAUCUCUUGCUUGUUAUGGUGGUAGGGUUGAAAAGGUUACAUGGGAAAUGUACCGCCAAAUAAACACUCAGACCUGCAGAUCUCAAGAUGAGGGUGAUGAAAACAAGUAA